AGAUUUCAUUCAUUCCUUUCCCCACCACCUUUUCCCCCCCUUUGCACCCUGACUUCCAUUUUCCUAAACCUGAAAACAUCUGCAAAAUUCCCAUCAAAAUCCAAUCCAAUCCAAUCCAAUCUAGGUUAAUUCUGCCUCAAAUUCUACUCGACUUCUCCUCACAUGACUGUCAUGGCGCCUCCUGCCCCAAAUGAGCAAGAGGAGGAGGACAUGUUAGUUCCUCGAUCAGAUUUGGUGGAAGGGCCUCAGCCAAUGGCAGUGGAAGCACCAGAAGCAACAGAAAAUAGUGUGGAAAACCAGUCAACAGAGGAUCCUCGCACAGCAAAAUUUACUUGGAAGAUUGAAAAUUUUUCUAGGAUAACUACUAAGAAGCUAUAUUCUGGAAUAUUUGAUCUUGGUGAUUACAAAUGGCGGAUUCUUAUUUUUCCGAAGGGGAACAAUGCUGAUUAUUUAUCCAUGUAUCUGGAUGUUGCUGAUUCUGCGGGUUUACCUUAUGGAUGGACUAGAUAUGCCCACUUCAGUUUGGCUAUUGUGAAUCAAGUCCAUAGCAAGUAUUCAGUCAGAAAGGAAACGCAACACCAAUUCAAUGCCCGAGAAAAUGAUUGGGGCUUUACAUCCUUUAUGCCACUUGGUGAACUUUAUGAUCCUAGCAGGGGUUAUCUUGUCAAUGACACCUGUUUAGUUGAAGCUGAGGUUGCGGUCUACAAAGCUAUGGAUCCAUGGCUAUAUGAUUCGAAGAAAGAAACUGGUUUCGUGGGACUGAAAAACCAAGGAGCUACCUGCUAUAUGAACUCUCUUCUCCAAACUCUGUACCAUAUUCCUUUCUUCAGAAAGGCUGUGUACCAUAUGCCUACUAAUGUUAAUGAUAUGCCAUCUGCAAGUAUCCCUCUGGCUCUGCAGAGUUUGUUUUACAAGCUUCAGUACAGCGAUAAUAGUGUUGCAACAAAGGAGUUGACAAAAUCCUUUGGAUGGGACACCUAUGAUGCUUUCUUGCAACAUGAUGUACAAGAACUCAAUAGAGUUCUUUGCGAGAAGCUUGAAGAGAAAAUGAAGAGAACCGUUGUGGAAGGUGCCAUACAGCAGUUAUUUGAAGGGCACCAUAUGAACUACAUUGAGUGCAUUAACGUGGAUUACAAAUCUAGUAGAAAAGAGUCAUUCUAUGAUCUUCAGCUGGAUGUCAAAGGCUGUCAUGAUGUCUAUGCUUCUUUUGACAAGUAUGUUGCAGUUGAACAUCUAGAUGGAGAUAACAAGUAUCAGGCUGAACAACAUGGUUUGCAGGAUGCUAAGAAAGGAGUGUUAUUUAUAGACUUCCCCCCAGUUCUCCAGCUUCACUUAAAGCGGUUUGAAUACGACUUUGUGCGUGAUGUUAUGGUAAAGAUAAAUGAUCACUAUGAGUUCCCUCUUCAACUUGAUCUUGAUAGAGAUGAUGGCAAAUACCUGUCACCUGAUGCUGAUAGAAGAGUACGUAACCUCUAUACACUUCACAGUGUUUUGGUCCAUAGUGGUGGUGUGCACGGUGGUCACUAUUAUGCCUUUAUACGGCCUACUCUUUCCAGCCAAUGGUAUAAGUUUGAUGAUGAACGAGUGACAAAAGAAGAUAUGAAAAAGGCAUUAGAUGAGCUAUAUGGUGGUGAAGAAGAACACCUGAUGCAGACGAACCAGGGAAUCAAUAAUACUCCCUUCAAGUUCACCAAACACUCAAAUGCUUAUAUGCUGGUGUAUAUACGUGAAAGUGACAAGGAUAAAAUUAUGUGUCAUGUCGAUGAGAAGGAUAUUGCUGAGCAUCUUAGGGAGAGGCUGAAGAGAGAACAAGAAGAAAAAGAACAAAAGAAGAAAGAAAAAGCUGAAGCACAUCUUUACACUAUUGUAAAGGUUGCAUGUGAUGAAGAUUUUACUUGGCAGAUUGGAAGGAAUGUAUUCUUUGAUUUAGUCGAUCAUGAAAAAGUUAGGAGCCUCCGUGUCCAGAAGCAGAUGCCAUUUAGUGUUUUUAAGGAAGAGGUUGCAAAUAAAUUUGGUAUACCGGUGCAAUUCCAACGCUUUUGGCUGUGGGCAAAGCGCCAAAAUCACACGUAUCGUCCUAACCGUCCGUUGACACAGCAUGAUGAAGCACAAAGUGUUGGGCAUUUGAGGGAUAUAUCUAAUAAAGUUCAGAAUGCAGAGCUGAGGCUAUUCUUAGAGUUAGAACUUGGGCCGGAUUUGCGGCCUAUCCCUCUCCCUAAUAAGGCAAAAGAUGACAUUUUGUUAUUCUUCAAGCUUUACGAUCCAGAAAAGGAAGAGCUUAGAUAUGUUGGUAGACUUUUUGUGAAGAGCUUGGGGAAGCCAGUAGAUAUCUUGACUAGACUAAAUGAGAUGGCUGGCUAUGCUCCUGAGGAAGAUAUUGAGCUUUAUGAGGAAAUAAAAUUUGAUCCUAAUGUGAUGUGUGAACAUAUCGAAAAGAGAUUCACUUUUAGGUCUAGUCAGCUUGAGGAUGGGGACAUAGUUUGCUUUCAGAAGUCCCUUCCAAAUGAAGCUCGCCAGCAACUUCGCUGCCCAGAUGUUCGGUCAUUCUUUGAGUACCGCCAUAAUCUCCAAGUUAUUCAUUUUCGGUCCCUGGAAAAGCCUAAAGAGGAUGAAUUUUGUUUACAACUGUCAAAGCUUGACACAUAUGAUGAAGUUGUAGAAAAAGUGGCUCGCCAACUUGGAGUAGAUGACCCUUCUAAAAUUAGACUUACGUCAUGCAAUUCAUACACCCAACAACCAAAACCUCAUCCUAUAAAGUAUAGAGGAGUAGAUAAUUUGCUAGACAUGUUGCUGCAUUACAAUCAGACUUCUGAUAUAUUGUACUAUGAAGUCCUGGAUAUGCCUCUGCCAGAAUUGCAAGGCUUAAGAACGCUCAGAGUGGCUUUCCGUCAUGGAACAAACAAUGAAAUGGGAAUUAACAAUAUUAGGCUGCCUAAGGAUAGUACCGUGUCUGAUUUGCUUGAUGAUCUCAAGAUGAAGGUUCAGCUGUCUCGUCCAGAUGCAGAACUCAGAUUGCUGGAAGUAUUCACCCACAAGAUCUACAAGAUAUUUCCUUCAGCUGAAAAGAUAGAGAGCAUAAAUGACAACUAUUGGACUUUACGGGCAGAAGAGAUACCUGAAGAAGAGAAGCAUCUGGGUCCUCAUGAUUGCUUGAUUCAUGUAUAUCACUUUAUGAAUGAAGAAAAUCAGAACCAAGUGAAAAUUCAGAAUUUUGGUGAGCCCUUUUUAUUGGUCAUUCAUGCAGACGAGAUUUUAGCUAAUGUCAAGAUUCGUGUUCAGAAAAAGCUACGUGUAUCAGAUGAAGAGAUCUCUAAGUGGAAAUUUGCUUUCGUUUCACAAGGUCGAGCUGAGUACCUAGAGGAUUCAGAAAUCUUGUUUACUCGUUUCCAGCAGACAAGCAGCAUGUAUAUUGCUUGGGAGCAGUAUCUUGGGCUGGAACACAUAGAUAAUUCCCCAAAAAGGCCUCUUACAGCUAAUCAGUAUCGUCCUCCAUACGAGAAGGCUGUGAAGAUAUACAAUUAAGAGGGUCGUGGAUCAGGAUUCUGGAGUGGUCGAGUCUUGAAACUAUCAGAGGCACUUCUUUCUCCUAUCAUGCAAAAGAAUUGGGAGAACACCUCGUACCCACAUAAUGAAUCAAAAAUGCUUUUCACAUUUUAGAUUCUAAAAUUUCAGUGCUGCAAGCUCUUCCUCAGAUGUUUAUACGAGAUUUUCCCCGACUGCGCUGGAUACUUUGGUUGUUGUCUUAAUUUACCAUGGCUUCCAUUAUUCACUUUGUCCAGGCCCUGAGGCGACCUAAGACGGUAUGAUUAGUAAAUUUUGUCGAUUCAUAGGUUUUUAGAAGGAAAUUUUGGGCUGUGUAUGCUAGUGCUGUAGAAAGGGUCGCUGAGAUUUUGGUUUCAUUUCUAAGAUGUACAGGAUUUCUGCUUGUGGAAGAAAAUAUGGGAUCAUGUAUAAAACUAAACUAGUGGGGAAAGAGGAGCAGAAUCAAGAGCCUUAUCUAUUGUAUGACAACCUUUGAACUAGAUUUUACAGUGAUAAUUGUUAUUUAUAAUUUUUUAUUUA